UCAAGUUUCCUGAUGUCUGCUCUGCUCCUGGUUUGGGCUGUGCUUCUGCACUUGGGGAUCAACCAGUCCCUGGCCAGAGGAGGAAAGUCAUGGGAACAUUGCACAGAUCUGCAUCCCUUGGAUAUUCUCUCUGAAGUGCUUCCCAUGAAUGGGGCAAAGAGUGGGAUACGAAUGAUUCAAAUCCAAGGUGCUCGUGGCUUCCACUUCUCUGCAUUACGCCCUCGCUUCCUCAGUUUCCCAGCAUCGCGGAUUUUCAUUUAUUGUGAUCUCUUCCCAGAGGAAUUUUCCAUUGUGUUCACCAUGAAAGCUUUCCACAUGCAAUCCAAGAGAAAUGAGUACAUAUUUACGGUUUUGGAGGAAAACAGUGACUCCCUGCUGCUUGGACUCCGAUAUUCCUGGAAUAAACUCCAUUUCCUUUUCUGGAGCAGAGAGCUCUCUAAUGGCUGGGAGACCCGGGUCACUUUUCGAGAUGUUUUUCUGGCAGAUAAUCAGUGGCACACACUGGUACUGGCAGUUUCCAGAGGCUCCUUCUCACUCACUGUGGACUGCAGCAUCCCCACAGAUGUGAUUAUGGAUGCUGUUUUCCCCACAUCCUUAACUGUGAGAGGAUCUCGCUUUUAUGUAGGAAGCAGGAGAAGGAGGAAAGGUUUCUUUACAGGCCUGUUAAGGCAGCUAGUCAUAUUACCAGGAUCUGAUGCUACCUCACGGAUGUGCACUGGCAAAAACCUUAAUCUAGCAGUACUUUCCAUCCCGCAAAUUCUGCAGGAGCUCCCUGUGAAACCAGAGGGCAAUGGGCUGCUGAAAUACCCUUAUGAAACAGACAUGAAGGUGACUUUAGGGUCCCGCCCUCCUUGCACCAAGAGUGAGAGUGGCCAGUUCUGGUUCAAUGCUGCUCAGAAAGGAUUGUAUCUGUGUAAUGGGAGUGAGUGGAUUUCCAUGCUACAAGUUGAAGAAAGAUUGGACUAUGUGGAAGAAUAUCAGAAUUUAGUUACAAAUUCUGAAACCAAGGGGAUUGAGAUCUUUGUCAUCCCCAAAGUAGGACUCUUUGCAGCUACUGCUAAUCGUUAUACUCCUCCUGGCUCAACCAUCUACAAAUGGACUGAUGAGAAAUUUGUGGCUUACCAAAAUAUUCCCACCUAUCAAGCUGAAUCCUGGAAUUUUUUCACUAUUGGAAAAAAGAUCUUCCUCGCAGUGGCUAAUUUUGAAGGGGAUGAAAUAGGGCAGGAGUUUUCUGUAAUUUACAAGUGGAACUACAGAAAAGAAAAAUUCAUCGUAUACCAAAGGAUCACCACACAUGGCGCAAGGGAUUGGGAGUCAUUUGUCAUUGAUGGAGAGGUCUUUCUGGCAGUGGCUAAUCACAGAAAAGGGGAUAACCACAAUAUAGACAGUGUCAUAUACAAGUGGAACUCAAGAACAGGGCUUUUUGAAGCCAACCAGACAAUUCCUACCUCAGGAGCCUAUGACUGGGAAUUUUUCAGCGUUGGGCCCUAUUCCUUCCUGGUGGUGGCCAACACAUUUAAUGGAACAUCCACUAAGAUCUACUCUCACAUCUACAUUUGGCUCAAUGGAGCUUUUCAGCUCUUCCAAUCAAUCUUGACUUUUGGUGCUGCUGACUGGGAGGUCUUCCACAUCAGAGACAGAGUUUUCCUCGCUGUAGCAAAUAGCCAUAGUUACGAUAGCAGAUCUGUUGCCCCAAACAGCUACCACACUAUCAAUUCUUCCAUCUAUGAGCUCAACAUCACUGCACAGCUGUUUGUCAAGUUUCAAGACAUUCUUACCUACAGUGCUCUAGAUUGGGAGUUCUUUUCUGUAGGACAAGAUAACUUUUUGGUGGUGGCAAAUUCAUUUGAUGGUAUGACCUACUCGGUAAACAGUAUUAUUUACAGAUGGCAAGGAUAUGAAGGCUUUGUAGCAGUUCAUCAUCUUCCAACAUUUGGCUGCAGGGACUGGGAAGCUUUCAACACUACAGGUGGAUCAUACCUCAUGUAUUCAAGUGCAAGGGAGCCACUGUCCAGGGUUCUAAAGCUGAAAACCUUUUGACCUGGAAAUAGAUGGUUUGAUUUCCUGCAAGCAAGAGGCAAACUUAAACCUGGGAAGGAAUACUCUGGCUACUCAGGGUUAGAAGGAGGAAUGUUGGACACAUUGCAGUGGAUUCCAUAGAACAGGUGCUUACUUAGCCUCUCUCAGCUACCCAGAGUAUAAGGCUACUAGGGAGAAGACUGUAAUUCUUUCUCCUGCAAUGUUCCUGCUGUGGACAUGAAAUAUAGAUUUCAGCUGGGCAAUAAGAUUAAUAAUUAAUUGUAACUUUGAUUCAUUAUUCCAAGGUAUACACUUCCAAACAACUUCCAGAUCCCAAAGAACUGCUGAUGUAAUCAGCAUUUAUAUAUAAAGUUGAGAAGGUUUUUGCUAUUAGAGCAAGACACUGGAAACAGGAGGUAUCCUUGGGCACACUUUGGGUUAUUAAUCUAUAAAUCAGAAAAAUGGAACAAAUAGAAGCAUUUGUGCUAAAUCCUUUCAUAUUCCAUACAUACAGAAGCCUCAGCUGGCAUCACAUUAUGGGAAAAGCAUGGAUGUGCACAUUUAUACAUAGUCCAUUCCAUUUGUUUGUAACACAAUCACCAUAAGACCUUAUGCAAUAAGCUGAUAAUGUUUAAAAAACAACAACAAAAAACUGAAGAAGGGUUCCUCAGAAGGUGAGAUUGUGUAGAAUGUGGGACUUCAAAGAGCUGACAUUUUUUGGCUAUUGUAAAGCUUUGUAGCUAUCAAACCAGCUUAAAACAUUAUUUAUGGCUCUAGCUCUUUUGAUUUCAAGGGAGCAGCACUGAGUCAGUCAGACACUCAGAAUAACAAAAAGUGCAGCAGUUAUUCUAGACUGCAUGGUGUGUAUUCCAUACACACACCAUCCAUUAUUCAGGUGCAAGGGCAAGGGUAAAGACCCUGCCCCAAAAAAUUACCUAUGACAGAGAUGAGAGAUGAUAUUCUAGAGGUUGCUGGCCUCUGACCCUCCCCAGCUGUCACAGCCAGUGAUAAUGGAUUAGGGGAACUAUAGGCUGAGAACAUCUAGGGGUCAAACUGUUCCCAAUUCCUGGGUGAUGUGUGUUUUUGCAUUUUUCCAAUUAUAUUUCUUAGAACUGCAGCAUAACUACAAAAAUAAAUAUUCUAAUGACAUUACCCAUUAUUGUGUUACAUUAAGGGAUUGUAGAUAGGUGAUUGUAUAGGCAUUUCCCAUGGUCCAGCAGGCUAGCUAUUUCAUGCCCAGUCAUGCACUGGUUAAGAUACUGGUUGCACAGUCAGUUGGGCAACAAGUGUCUUCAGGAGUAGGGGAAAACCUAUGUGAAUUCCCUUAGUCUCUGAAAAGGAUACUAACCUUUAUACAGUAGCAGCUGUCUAUUUCAGUGCAUACUGACAUUGGGGAAACCAUUAGUCUAUCAGAUGGCCCUGUGCUAUCUUUGUAGUAAGUUCCACACCAGAGUUGUUGGUGCUUCUUCAUUCCUUGCUUUAAUGUUAGUCCUUGAAUAGCCCUCAAAGUAACUUUUACCUGCUGUUGCAAAUGAUUUCAUAAUUGUUUAUAAACAAUAUGUUUAUAUCAUAUAAAAUGAUGCAAUGCACAAUUACAUUUGUUAUGUGGAGAUAAAGUUAUUUAUUAUCCUGAAAAUGUUUGCAACAUUGGAAAUAAAUAUCAAUAAAAUCAGCAGAGUGAUUUUCAUGUCAACCCAAAGGCUCACUACUCCUUCAGAGCUGUUAGCGUAGUCAAAAACCAUACUAGGUGAAAUGAAGGAAUAAAUGCAUUUCCAACUGUCCCUGCCAUGCUGCUCUACAUUACUUUAGUCCUGGAGUACAGAAGUCAGAUUCAAUUUUAUGUUAUUUUUAAAAAUAGAGCAGCUUGAGUAUAAGAACACAGGAAGACCUUUGACAGAUCAAACCAAAAUCCCAUCUAAUCUAGAAUUCUAAUGACUGAAACAAGCACAGGAGAAAAAUUAGCUAAAAGCAGAUAAGUGAAGCCAAAAUUGGCACUAAUUGAUCCCCCUGGGUAUGGCCCAUCAGCUUUAGGCAAUCAUUAGUUUCUUGUGCAUCGUGUCAGUAUGUUAGUACAGUUUUUGUUGGUAAUUAGGAAUAAAAAUCAUUAUACAGUACAUGGAAAAGUUUUUCAGUGUAGGCUAUGUUGCAUGAGAUGGAGAGAAAAACAAGCCUAUUACAAAGCAUCUGGUAUCUAGUCAUUACUUCUAUAUCAUGAGCCUCAGGUCUUACUCCUAACAACUUACUCCUUACUCCUGGUUAUCACAAAUAUUCUUGUAUAUCCACUAAUCCUACAUUUUUCCUUGGCAAAUAUCCCCCUCCCUCUAUCACAUGUAUCCCACAUUCAGUUCUUUCAGAUAGAUACCACAGAACCAGCAUCUGCUUAGUUCCGAGAGCUAGUAGUACGUGAUCAUUCUCAAACAAGCAAAUUUACAGCAGAUAAUUGAUUUUGUGCUGGCUGAAUAGCUCAGUGGUUUAUGUAUUUGGUUAGGAGUUCAGUUCCCCACCAUACCUCCUGGGUCUCGGUCAAGUUGUACAGUUCCAGGACACCCCCAGAAAAAGAGAAUGGUAAACCAAUUCUGAAUGUUCUAUACUUGGAAGGAAAAGG